AUAAUGAACAAUAUAAAUAAAAGCAGAAACAAAAAAAGAAGAAAGGAAUUAUUUUGAAAUUAUUGAAACAAAUUUUAAUUGAUAAAUUGCAGUUUUAUCGAUUAAAAAAAAAACGACCGCCCAUUGUUACUGUGCGAGGUCCCUUAUUGCUAUACACGUCAUUCAUGGCGAGCCAAUGAAAAAGAAAAAGAAGAAGAUUACUGCCUAUAAAACCGCAUGCACUGCAGAGCAUCGAGGAGAAUUACGACGAACGUCAACGAAAGCACAUCGUAGGAGCGCUAGAAGGAAGCAGUCGAACCGAGCCAUCCCGACCCAUCAUCAAGAAGCAGCAGCCGGAUCGUAGCUCAUUCAACGAGCGCUACUGCAGUGAGUUUUUAAGAGUUUCCUCACUGCAGUAGACGUUAAACAGCCAGCGAACCAAGGCGCAUCAAGCGAAGCAGCUGAAUCGGAGCAGCAGCCGGCAAGUCAGCCGAACGUGGCGCAUCCAGCCCAGCAGUCGGUAAGCCAGCCGAAUCGAAACAGCAGCCGGCAAGCCAGCCGGAUCGUAGCUCAUUCCACGAGCAGCCGGCAAGCCAGCCGAAUCGGAGCAGCAGACAGCAAACCAGCCGAACGGGGCGCAUCCAGCCCAUCAGUCGGUAAGCCAGCCGAAUCGAAGCAGCAGCCGGAUCGUAGCUCAUUCCACGAGCAGCCGGCAAGCCAGCCGAACGGGGCGCAUCCAGCCCAGCAGUCGGUAAGCCAGCCGAAUCGAAGCAGCAGCCGAUAAGCCAGCCGGAUCGUAGCUCAUUCCACGAGCAGCCGGCAAGCCAGCCGAACGGGGCGCAUCCAGCCCAGCAGUCGGUAAGCCAGCCGAUCCGAAGCUCAUCCGUCGAGCCAUUCCGACCCAGCAGCAACCGGCAAGUCUACCGAACGGGGCGCAUUCAGCCCAGCAGUCGGUAAGCCAGCCGAACCAAAGCUCAUCCGUCGAGCCAUUCCGAUUCAUCAGCAAGAGGCAGCAGCCGGCAAGCCAGCCGGAUCGUAGCUUGUCCCACGAGCGCUACUGCAGUGAGUUUUUUAAGAGUUUCCUCACUGCAGUAGACGUCAAACAGCCAGCGAACCGAGGCGCAUCAAACCAAGCAGUCGGCAAGCCAGCCGAACCGAAGCAGCAUUCGGCAAACUAGCCGAACGGGGCGCACCCAGCCCAGCAGUCGGCAAGCCAGCCGAACCGAGGCUCAUCCGUCGAGCCAUUCCGACCCAGCAGCAAGAAGCCCAGCAGCCGGCAAGCCAUCCGCAUUGUAGCUCAUUCCUCGAGCGCUACUGCAGUGAGUUUUUAAGAGUUUCCUCACUGCAGUAAGCCGGACCGAGCAAGGAUAUGCAGAGCAUGGAGAUGUCAGAGGACGGUCGCGACAAUGGCGCACAAUCAGCUCCCACAAAGAAGCUUUCAAAAAAGAAAAUUUUGAAAGAGCUGAAAGAAGCUCUUGAGAAAAACAAUGAGCUUCGCGAAAAAGUGACGAAUCUCACUUCGGGAAAAGACGGAUGCUUUUCCAGUGACUCUAGUUAUGCGGUUACGAGACAAGCACGUGAUGAUCCAUUACAUUCAACAAUGGGCAGUUGGACGCUAGGUUCUCUUAACAUACCGAUUUGCACCCCAUCGGAAGGUGAAACCGAAAUUGACAAGCGCGCAUACGAAUACUGGAAGGAGAUUCUUGUAUCAUCUCUACAGCUCGUCAAUGCAGUUGAUGAACAAAUGAAAUUCGGAGUAUUCAAGAUUAAAUCAGGACCCAAGUUGAGAGAAAUCUUCCAGACCACAUCAACCGGACCAGGAAUGCCAGAUGAGGAAACAUCACCUUUUUCAAACGCAUUGGCACGGAUUGAUGAGUACUAUGGUUCUAGAACAUACACCCUGUCCCAACGAGGAAAGCUGAUGAUGUUGAUGCAGAGUACAACAGAAAGCAGUAUUGCGUUCGUUCGACGAGUGGCGUCUGCAGCUAAACUGUGCAACUACGGAGCAGAAGAGGAGAUGGAAGCGGUAGUGCGGGUAGUUACGAAAGGUGCUAGCGAUGGGAGGGUGAGAGUUCUAGCUCAUCGGACUUGGGUGAAACAAGGCACUAUAAAAGACUUGAUGGAUCUCGUACGCGACCGAGAGAUUGAGAAGACUAACGAAGAGGAAUUCCAAAGGAUUCAUGGUCGAGGAGAAACAUCAUUAGUUGCAGCAGUUUCUCAAAACGAUCAAGGAUUUCAGAAUCACCCCGCGGCUUUCAACCAAUACGGCAAGGGUAGAAGGUUUGAACGAGUACCCCGGGGUGGAAGAGUAGGAAGAGGAUUCCGCAGAGAAAAUCGUUUCAACUCUAUCUCCAAUUGCUGGAGAUGUGGAAGCAUUUACCACCAAGCAUCGGAUUGUUUCGCGAUCAAGAAGGAGUGUAGAGUGUGCAGGAAGUUGGGACACAUUGCACGUGUCUGUCCGACAAAUCGACCAAGUUCUUCGCAAGUUGAGAGAAGACCAUUUAAGCGGCGUGCUGAACAUGAGGAAACCGCCGUGGAAAGGAAAAUCGCGGCCAUAGAGGGUCCGAACGUCGAAGCUGAUCUAGAUGUGAAGGUACGCGUGAACGAUGAAGAUAUUGAGUAAUAUGCAUAUUUUUCAUUUAUGAAAUA